GCUGAGUUUCAAACUCGGUAAACUUCGAUUAUUAAAGCAAAUUUCAGAUGAUAAUAAUAGCGAGCUCUGAUAAUUUCGACGUGCCUUAUCGAGUAGGCGGGGGAAAUUUUCGAUCAUCGUGAACCAGGACUUUUGCCCUGCUCUUUUGAGUGCUUUCCCGUAAAAAUUCUCGGCUUUUCCCCUCACACUCCCAUUUCUGAAAGUCCAGAUAUUGGCAUCAUCGAGUGAUCAAGGAACCAUCAACUGAUGGCAUAAGAAGAAAUGCCGACAAAUAUGCAUCAAUUCCGUGCAGUGCACUUGAUGUGGUUUAGAUGGGAUGAAUAGUCAGUGUGCUAAAAUAAUAGAGAUUUUGUGUGAUCGAACAGCCGAAGCUUUCUUGCUGUGUUCUUUUGGUGUUAGCUCACAGCAAAGCCAACAUGUCAAUGUCCAUGGCCUUCCAGCUAUCGGAGUCCAUGACUCGCCCGCCACUAGACCCAUUCAUAUAUCACUCUCAAUUUUCAUCCAAGCGAGCAAAACUACCUUGCUUGUCCUUCCAGCCCUCAAAAUCCUUCCAAUCUAAUUUUUUCAUACUUGAUCAACCUGUGAACUCAACCACUUAUGCCUUUAUUCUCGAAUCUUGUGUGUGCCCGAGUUUGGGCAAACAGGUUCAUGCUCACUCAAUCAAAACUGGGUUUCAAGAGCAUGAAUUUGUCGAUACCAAGUUGCUUCAGAUGUAUGGAAGAACCGGCUGUUUUGCUGAUGCAAGUUUGAUGUUCGACAAAAUGCCGCUUAGAAACUUGUAUUCAUGGACAGCGAUCCUGAGUGCUUAUGUUGAUCACGGGUUAUUUGAGGGAGCGUUUCUUCUUUUUCAAGAACUACUAUGCGAAGAUGUGAAAUUGGACUUCUUUUUGUUCCCUGUGGUGUUAAAGAUAUGUUAUGGUCUUGGUGCUUUGGAAUUGGGCAGGCAACUACAUGGGAUUCUAUUGAAAAUUCAGUUUGGUACAAAUAUAUAUGUAGGCAAUGCUCUGAUCGACAUGUAUGGUAAAUGUGGAAGCCUAGACAAUGCUAAGAAAGUUCUAGAAAGAAUGCCUAAAAAGGAUUGUGUUUCAUGGAAUUCUAUUAUAACUGCUUGUGCUGCAAAUGGGAUGGCAUAUGAGGCUCUGGAUCUCUUACAAGAUAUGUCUCUGGGCGAUGUAGUACCCAAUUUAGUUUCUUGGAGUGCAGUGAUUGCAGGAUUUGCACAAAAUGGUUAUGAUGAGGAAGCAAUUCAACUACUCUUUAAAAUGCAAGCAGCUGGGCCUGAACCAAAUGCACGGACGCUGGCAAGUGUUGUUCCUUCUUGUGCAAGGUUACGAAAACUGAGCCUUGGGAAAGUACUUCACGGCCAUAUCAUUAGACAUGAUUUCACGUCUAAUGCUUUCGUCAUUAAUGGGUUAUUGGACAUGUAUAGGAGGUGCGGUGAUAUGGAAAGUGCCUUCAAAUUGUUUUCCAAGAUUUCAAGGAAAUGCUCUGCAUCUUAUAACACAAUGAUAGCAGGGUAUAGUGAAAAUGGCAACAUCUUUAAAGCCAGGAGGUUAUUCGAUCAGAUGGAGGAGGAAAGUGCUGAAAGGGAAAGAAUAUCAUGGAAUUCAAUGAUUUCAGGAUACGUGGACAACUUUUUGUUUGAUGAAGCCUUGAGUUUGUUUCAUGAGUCGCUGAAAGAUGGAAUUACUCCAGAUUCAUUCACUCUUGGAAGCGUUCUUACUGCUUGUGCUGACACGGCUUCCGUUCGACAAGGGAAACAGAUACAUGCCCAUGCCAUCGUCAGAGGUCUGCAAUCCAACAGUUUCGUAGGUGGAGCUUUGGUAGAACUUUACUUUAAAUGUCAUGACAUGUUUUCUGCUCAAAGGGCUUUUGAAGAAGUAAGUGAAAGGGAUGUCGCAACUUGGAAUGUUCUGAUAUCUGGCUAUGCGCACUGCAAUCAAACUAAAACGGUUCAAGAACUUCUCGAGCGAAUGAUGAAUGACGGUGUUGAACCCAGUGUGUAUACUUGGAAUGGUAUUUUGGCUGGGUGUGUGGAAAAUAGCCAUUAUGGUUCAGCAAUUCAAUUGUUCACUAAGAUGCAAAACCCAAAUUUGAAGCCAGACAUAUACACAGUCGGAAUAAUAUUGACCGCAUGCUCUAAGUUGGCCUCCAUCCAACGAGGAAAGCAGGUUCAUGCAUAUUCAAUUAGAGCAGGGUUCGAUUCAGAUGUUCACGUUGGAGCUGCCUUAGUGGACAUGUAUGGGAAAUGUGGGAAUAUCAAGUAUUGCAUGAUUACUUAUAACAGAAUAUUAAACCCUGACUUGGUGUCCGACAAUGCUAUUCUUACUGCUUAUGCCAUGCAUGGACAUGGGGAGAAAGGAAUUGCUCAUUUUCGCAAAAUGUUAGCUGGCAAAGUUAGACCAGAUCAUAUCACUUUUCUAUCGGUUCUUUCAUCAUGCGUUCACGCCGGAUCAAUUGAGAUGGGUCAUGACUGUUUUUCGCUGAUGGAAACUUACAACUUGACACCUACAUUGAAGCAUUAUACAUGUAUGGUUGACCUCUUGAGUCGUGCAGGCAAACUCAAUGAAGCAUAUGAACUUACAAAGAAAAUGCCAAUGGAAGCUGAUUCUGUGAUGUGGAGUGCUCUGCUUGGAGGCUGUUUUAUUCACGGUGAAGUUAACCUGGGAGAAAUUGCAGCUAAAAAUCUCUUAGAGUUGGAACCUAAUAACACUGCAAACUACGUUCUGUUAGCGAAUUUAUAUGCUUCAGCAGGGAGAUGGAAUGAUCUUGCUCAAACCAGACAGUUGAUGAAAGACGAAGGAAUGCAUAAGAGUCCAGGAUGCAGUUGGAUAGAAGACAAAGAUGGGGUUCACGUGUUUCUUGCCAGUGACAGAAAUCAUGCAAGAACAGAGGAGAUAUAUUCUACUUUGGAUAAUUUGACCCAUCACAUUAGAACAAGGCAUAUAGAUCGUUUCUAACACGAGAAGUUUGUUU